AUGCGGCAACACCGCGUUAGUGCUUACGUGGACCAUGACCGCUUUUCUACGAUCGAAGAAGCUUAUCUUCAGGUCGCGGCUCAGAUGGCUCAGUACCAAGAGGACCUCGCGCAGGCGGGCCCCUCGCGUGGAGUACAACCCCCUCCAGAAACACCGGAAAAGCCGCAAUUGCCAAAAAUACAAUUACCCACUUUCUCAGGAGACCCCUUAAAAUGGGAGAGUUUUCGAGAUCUUUUUAAGAGUCUCGUUCACAGCGUUCCCAACCUUCAGGAUGUACGGAAAUUGCUGUACCUUAAGUCGGCCUUGACCGGAGAAGCAGCGGAGGUCAUCCAAAAUACGCCCAUCACCGAUGCUGGAUACCAAGGAGCCUGGGAGGACCUGGAGCAGCGCCCAAAAUUGUACAAAACCACGCACCUGGUCUGGGAGACCUCUCUAGCUGAUAGCCGCGACGUACCGUCGUUCCGGCAGCUUUCUCUCUUUCUGGAAAAUCGCAUCCAAGCGUUGGAUGCUGCUCAGGAGGCCGACCCAGUGUUGCAUCCCGCGACAUCCAAAGGUGUUCCGGCUAAAACAAAAAGGGAGGCGCCUGUAAAACGCACUAAUGUAGCAGUCUUAGCUGCUUCGGCAAAGAGUCCCGCCCCUCGUAAGUGCCCCUCGUGUGCUGGAAAUCAUAACUUUGCUUAUUGUUCAAAGCUAAAGGCGCUUCCACCUCGGCGCCGGAAGGAGCGAGCCCAGCAACUACAGGCGUGCUUUAAUUGCUUGACCGUUGGCCACGACUUAACCAAGUGCCCGUCAAGCCAAGUCUGCUUAGCUUGUGGCCACAAGCACCAUACGCUGCUCCAUGAUGCGAUGCCGAGUCCCACGAAGAAUACGCCCGCGAACGUCGGAGACAUUUCGACAUCGCAAACUUCAACGGCCUCCACCGAAACAGAAGAGAAGGGCGCGGCCGCUUCCUUUGCCUGUUCAGCUACCACUCGACCCGCCGCACUAUUAGCGACGGCCAAGGUGAAGGUGGAGGCACCAUCAGGAGAACUUCUCGAGGUCAGAGCCUUGUUGGACACCGGUUCGGACACGUCGCUUGUAUCCGCUUGGGUAGCUCAAGCACUCCGUUUGCCACGGCGGGCGGUCAGCGUCGCCAUCUCAGGAGUUCAAGAGAAUGAAAGCGGAGUGGCGAAAAGUGAGGUUUCUCUUUCCUUACGCUCUCGUCUGGACCCCAGCUUUCAUUUGUCGGUUCGAGCGUUGGUGCUGCGGAAACUUACUGCGUUACUUCCCGCUCGAGCAGUGCACUCACAAUCCUGGCUGCAUCUUCAAGGAGUGACUCUUGCGGAUCCGGAAUACGGAGUACCCUCUCGUAUUGACUUAAUCCUGGGAGCUGAUAUUUGUGGAGUUUUGUUACAGGACGAGUCGCGGGUCGGGCCGGUUGGCACACCGACGGCGAGGCGCACUCCUUUCGGGUGGGUGUUGAUGGGCCCAGUCUCCGACACCAAAGGUCAAGGCAGCAAGGCGGUCGUCCACAGCCUUCACUGCCAAACGGACGACUCAACCAAUAGGCUGCUUCGACGCUUUUGGGAGGUCGAAGAGCUACACGAGCAGCCUCCGUUAUCACUAGAGGAACGGGAAUCUGUGAGCGCAGGUUGGCAUCCAACGAUGCUGUUCUCGCAGUUCAUGGAGGAAUACGCAGCCUUGGACCACAUGGAGGCGGUACCGGAGUCUGCGGUUCAGGAUCCAGCUUACUAUCUACCGCACCAUGCCGUGGUGAAGCGAUACGACUCUAGCGGCAAAUCAGGGUCGUCUUCAACGCCUCCUUUCGCACCGCCACUGGAUCCUCUCUCAACGACUAUUCGGGUACACCACACGGAUGCGGAUUGGACCAGGAUACUUUGGCGCUCCAGACCCGAUCAACCUGUACAGGACUUCAGGCUCAAGACCGUCACCUAUGGCACAGCCUGUGCACCCUUCCUAGCGCUGAGGGUGUUGGUCCAACUUGCUGAAGAUGAGGAGGAGCGUUUCCCGCUGGGAGCGGUCGCAAUUCGUCGGCAUUCGUAUGUGGACGACAUUCUUGCCGGAGCCGACGACGAGAAAGCAGCCCUCGAAUUGAGACGACAGGUUAUCUCCAUCCUGCAGUCGGGAGGGUUCGAUCUGAGCAAAUGGGCAUCGAAUAAGCCAAGCUUGCAGGAAGCGGAAGAAUUUCAAACGUGCGUGUUCCAGGACUACCCUGGAGUCAAAUGGGAUGAGGACUUACCUGAGCAACUACUUUCCGCAUGGGAAACAUUCCGAAGCAAGCUGAGCCAACUCGACGCUUUGGCAAUUCCUCGCUGGACGAAUUACUCGGCGGACAUUGCGCAACUGGAGCUGCACGGGUUCUGCGAUGCCUCCCAGCGAGCCUAUGCAGCCGUCGUCUACCUGCGAGUGUCCAGGGGAGAGUCCAGCGUGGCCACACUGCUUGUGGCAAAAACCAAGGUGGCACCGGUCAAGGCACUUAGCAUACCACGACUGGAACUGUGCGGCGCGGUGCUACUUUCCAAACUAAUAGCGGAAGUACAAAAGGGAUUGAUCUUACCAGCAACCAUCACGGCUUGGACGGACUCCAGCGUUACCCUCCACUGGAUAAAAGGGCAUGCCUCAACCUGGAAGCCCUUUGUUGCCCACAGGGUUGCCACCGUGCAGUCCAAUGUUCCGCCUCAAAAUUGGAGGCACGUGGCAACCAAAAACAACCCGGCGGAUUUGGCUACCAGAGGGAUAACGCCGUCGGAGCUCCUGUCGUCGCAUCUAUGGUGGAGUGGACCCUCUUGGCUCGUCGACUCCCCAGAUCUGUGGCCUGCAUCACCUCUAGGAAAGGUCGAAGAGGCGGACUUGGAGAGGGGCCGAGCACAAAUCUACCUGGCAAAGGAAAACGAGGAGAACGAUCUCCUAUCAAGGUUUUCAAGUUUAACACGCUUAACGGCAGUGAUUGCUCUCUGCUCUAGAUUUCAUCGACUUACCAGGAAGCUGAACACCGAAACCGGGUUUAUCCGGGCUUCGGAGCGAGACGCUGCUCUACGGAUCGCUAUCGGGCUAGCUCAGAAGUCCGAUUUCCAAUCAGAGGUCGACCAGCUUCAACAGAGCAAGGAGGUACGGCGAUCUUCCGCUCUUAGGGCCUUGAAGCCCUUCCUGGAUGACCAAGGACUACUACGCGUCGGGGGCCGCCUCGACCUAGCCUCUAUUCCCUACAACGAGAGGCACCCUUACAUCAUCGGGAAGAAGAAUGCUUUGGCUACUCUUUUGGUUCGAGAUGCCCAUCUCCGCACCUUGCACGGAGGACCGCAACUCACCAGGAGCAUGCUGGCGCGACGCUACUGGAUAAUCCAUGGCCGUUCGUUGGUGAGAGACGUCAUUAAAGGGUGCGUAAAAUGUGCUCGCUACAGUGGUAGGCCGACCACGCAGCUGAUGGCCCCCUUACCGCUCGAGCGCAUCACUCCUCGGCGACCCUUUCUUUCCACCGGGGUGGACUAUGCCGGACCGGUGAAGCUGCGGACAUCACCAGGAAGAGGACACAAAUCCUACAAGGGAUAUAUAGCGCUGUUCAUUUGCCUUACUACACGCGCAUUUCAUCUUGAAGCUGUCUCAGAUCUUACCUCUGCCUCAUUCCUAGCCGCUUUUCGCAGGUUCGUCAGUCGCAGAGGUCGCUGCGCCACCAUGUUGCGCGAUAAUGGGACCGUUUUCCACGGAGCGGACCGGGAGUUGCGCAACAUGUUCCGCGGCGCCUCCGCCUUUUACUUAGACGCUGCAGCUUCGUUGGCAGCCGAUGGCACGGACUGGAGCUUCAUCCCUCCGUAUGCUCCGCACUUCGGGGGCCUAUGGGAGGCAGGAGUUAGAACGGUUAAGCACCACCUACUGAGAAUCGUCGAAAACGCUACGCUUACCUUCGAGGAGAUGACAACGCUCUUGUGCCAGGUGGAAGCAUGCGUAAAUUCACGGCCGCUACAUCCACUUUCCGACGACCCCUCGGACCUGUCGGCAUUAACACCCGGACACUUUUUAAUCGGUGAACCCACUUGUAUCGUUCCGGAUCCAGAAUCCGAAUCGCAUAAUAUUUCUCUUAUUUCGCGUUGGCGACAAAUUUCUAUAUUACGUUCUCACUUUUGGCACAGGUGGAGGCGGGAAUAUCUGCAAAGCCUUCAGCAGCUUCCCAAAUGGCGUCAGCAGAAGGAGAACCUGUAG